GCUUUUUCGAUGAGGUAUAUCCACUGUACCCAUUUCUCGACCGCCGUGAUUUCGAAAGUGUCGCAACAUCGGCCGAAUUGGAGCAACGUUUAGCAUCUGACCAUGCGUGGGCCGCAACAUAUUACACAGUGCUCAGCAUUGGCAUAUCCUACGAAAGAACUGGGUCCUUCGCGGCUUUUGAAGGCCCAUCGUGGACAACAUUUCGCCGAGCAAUGAGAUUGUUUCCGUACUUAUUGAUCGCUCGGCCGUCUCUUUGCGUACUGCAGACGCUGUUCACCUUGAACUACUCCAGUUGGCCGCUCGAGGGCCUUCUAGUGACUGAAGCGGCGAGGCUAUGUCUUGUUCAACGUGUCGAUUCCACUGACCAAUUUUCCACCAAUCCAGAAUGGUAUAGUCGAACAUUCUGGACCAUAUAUUGUCUCGAAAGAGACUAUUGCUUUCAUUGCUCACAGUCAAUGACUAUUAGCGAGGAAAGCAUUCGCUGUCCACUGCCAACUCCACUCAAAGAUGAGGAUCUGACUAUCUUCAUGCACCUCAUUUCAGUCUCUCGCCUGUCGUCCUUGGCUUGCAGUCGUCUCUUCACCGCUACAGCUCUCCGACAACGUCGCUCGCAGCUGCUGUAUAAUAUUGAUAGCAUUCGCGAGUCCUUAGAGAGCUGGUGUUCAUCGAUUCCCGAACACUACCGUCCAGGAAAGCCACUGCGAAGCCGUGCUAUAUACAGGCCAGGAUUCUUACAGGCUGCACUACAGCACCAUUGCUGGUAUCACCUUCUCUCGAUUGCAGUAGCGCGUUUGGAAGCCCAUCUAACCGUCAGCCGAGAUGUGACCCGUCACGCUCAAGCAAAGAAAACAUUGAUGCUACACGCACGCGGCAUCGUCAAUUUGACACACCACAUACCAAUCGAUCACUCGACUCCAUUGAA